GCGGCUCACUCACAGACACCAACCGAAAUAAUUAGCUGGAUCUCUUAUUGGGAUGUAUUUCGUGCUUUUACUUUUCUAAUUUCAUUUUGGAGAUGCUCUGCGUCGUAGGAGAGAGAUGGACGGUCCACACCGUGCCCCGGUGUAGUUGGGCUGAACAAGAGGAAUGUCCCCGACUUCUGCCGGUCUCCAAAUCUAACAUACAUCGAAUGUAGUCCUCCUUUUGCCCCGGCUCAUCUACAUCAUUUGUUCGCUUCCCUUUGUCUAUAUUUGUACUUCUCGCGUAAAGCUGCCUGUGCGCUUUCCUGCUCCAGCUUUUGAGAUUGUGUUAGUUUUGACUAAUGGAUGUGGCAUGUGAUGGAAGAGAAUCCCCGUCCUCACUAUUCAACAAGCUGCGGCUCUUACUCCAUGAGCUCUCUCAAUCUUUCUUAGCCGUGCUUGUCGACUCUCCUCUUCGGUGACGAGAAUGGACUCGUUUUCUCCAUACUAAGACGCUUUUUUUUCUUAAGUCCGUCUUCUUUGUUCAAAGCAACAAUGGCUCGAUAUUUAAGGCUCAUUUGGGUAGCAUUUUGCCUUGUGGAAAUGUUUUUGGACGCUUUGGCACAGGAGACUUACGCGCCCCACUCAAUACGGACAGAUGGGCAUCUGACGCUCGGCGGGCUCUUCCCCGUGCACGCGAGGGGGGCUGAUGGCAUCUCUUGUGGGGACCUAAAGAAAGAGAAUGGAAUCCAACGUCUCGAGGCAAUGAUGUAUGCCUUAGACCAGAUAAACCAGGACGAUCAACUAUUGCCCAAUAUCACCCUUGGCGCACGGGUUCUGGACACUUGUUCCCGGGAUACAUACGCGUUGGAGCAGUCAUUAACUUUUGUCCAAGCCCUGAUCACGAAAGACACUUCUGAUGUUCGGUGCACAAACGGAGAGCCACCGGUUUUUGUGAAACCAGAAAAAGUAGUGGGAGUCAUUGGAGCAUCAGCGAGUUCUGUAUCGAUCAUGGUCGCCAACAUCCUACGCCUCUUUCAGAUCCCUCAGAUAAGCUACGCCUCCACAGCUCCAGAGUUGAGUGAUGACCGGCGGUAUGACUUCUUCUCUCGUGUGGUUCCUCCGGACUCGUUCCAGGCCCAGGCCAUGGUGGACAUCAUCAGGUCCAUGGGCUGGACCUACGUCUCCACCAUUGCCUCUGAGGGGAGCUAUGGAGAAAGGGGAGUGGAGGCCUUCACACAGCUGUCCAAGGAAGCAGGUGGGAUCUGCAUCGCCCAGUCUCUGAAAAUCCCCCACAACCCAAAGCUGGAGGAUUAUGACAAAGGCGUCCAACAGUUACUGGAGUCGCAGCACGCACGAGCCGUCAUCAUCUUUGCCAGUGACGAGGACAUACGGGGGAUUCUCAAUGCGACCAAACGGGCCAAUCAGGUGGGACACUUCCUGUGGAUUGGCUCUGACAGCUGGGGAGCUAAGAGCAGCCCAAUUCACCAACUCGAAGACGUCGCUACGGGAGCUAUCACCAUCUUACCCAAACGCUCUUCCAUUAGAGGUUUUGAUGAAUACUUUACUGGCCUGACGCUUGAGAACAAUAGAAGAAAUGUAUGGUUCGCAGAGUUUUGGGAGGAAAACUUCAACUGUCGACUCCUAAGUGCUUCAAAGAAAGAGGAUACGAGUCGGAAAUGCACAGGUCAGGAACGCAUAGGGAUCGACUCUAAGUACGAGCAGGAGGGGAAGGUACAGUUUGUGAUUGACGCGGUGUACGCCAUGGCCCACGCACUUCACGACAUGCACCGAGACCUGUGCCCGGACCACCCCUCUGUCUGCCCACAGAUGGAGGCAGCGGAAGGGAAGACUCUGCUUAAGUACAUCCGCAACGCCAGCUUCAAUGGAAGUGCAAACACCUCGGUCGUGUUUAACAAGAACGGAGACGCCCCAGGACGCUACGACCUUUUCCAGUUCCAGAUGACCAACUCGUCUGGGCCAGAGUACAAGGUGGUGGGACAAUGGGUGGAGACGUUGCAGCUAAGGGUGGAGGAGCUCCAGUGGCCCGAUGGGGAUUUGGAUGUGCCCCUCUCUGUGUGCAGCCUGCCCUGUAAGACUGGGGAGAGGAAGAAGAAGGUGAAGGGCAAACCCUGCUGCUGGCAUUGCGAGCUGUGUGACGGCUACCAGUACCAGUUUGAUGAGACCUCCUGCCGCCUCUGCUCUUACAAUAUGAGACCCAACCCCAACCGGACUGCCUGUCAGCCCAUCCCAAUCAUCAAACUCGAAUGGCACUCUCCCUGGGCGAUCAUCCCCGUCUUCCUUGCUAUGCUUGGGAUAAUCGCUACUAUUUUUGUCAUGGCCACAUUUGUGCGGUACAAUGACACGCCUAUAGUGAGGGCGUCUGGGCGCGAGCUAAGCUAUGUGCUGCUAACGGGUAUCUUCUUGUGCUACAUCAUCACUUUCCUCAUGAUUGCGAAACCAGAUGUUGGCGUGUGUGCGUUUAGAAGGAUCUUUUUGGGGUUGGGGAUGUGCAUAAGUUACGCUGCUCUGCUCACCAAAACGAAUCGUAUCUAUAGAAUUUUUGAACAGGGAAAGCAGACAGUUACAGCUCCAAGAUUUAUUAGCCCUACGUCCCAAAUUGCCAUCACUUCUAGCCUAAUAUGUGUGCAACUUUUAGGCGUCCUGGUAUGGUUUGCAGUGGACCCUCCCAACACUAUUAUAGACUAUGACGAACAGAAAACUAUAAACCCAAUGCUGGCUCGCGGUGUACUCAAAUGUGACAUCACAGACCUCCAGAUCAUCUGCUCUUUAGGCUACAGCAUUCUGCUAAUGGUCACAUGCACCAUAUACGCCAUCAAGACCAGGGAUGUACCAGAAGACUUCAAUGAGGCAAAACCCAUUGGAUUCACCAUGUACACCACCUGCAUCGUCUGGCUGGCAUUCAUCCCCAUUUUCUUCGGCACAGCUCAGUCUGCAGAGAAGCUCUACAUCCAGACCACGACCCUGACCAUUUCCAUGAACCUGAGUGCCUCAGUCGCACUGGGCAUGCUCUAUAUGCCCAAAGUGUACAUCAUCAUCUUCCACCCGGAGCUUAACGUGCAGAAGAGGAAACGCAGCUUCAAAGCCGUGGUCACCGCAGCAACCAUGUCCUCACGCCUCUCCCAAAAACCCAGUGAGAGGCCCAACGGAGAGGCCAAGACCGAGCUGUGUGAGAACCCGCCCGUUGACCCCAUGAGUCAAGCAACCAAAAAGACAUAUGUGAGCUACAAUAACCUCAGGAUCUGACCUGCUUGAAUGACAAUGGGAGGAGUGUUGGUGACGUCCCAGCUUAGGCACCUCUGCUCCACACUGGUCCUCACAAGGCUGGACAACAGACGUGUGGUUUUGGAUCUAACAGUUUCAACUUGUGGAACCAGAUGCAGACCUCCUGACCUCUUCCAGGGGGCACACUCAGAGCUGCAAAAAAGAGACAGCAAAUCAACUCCAAAAUAUGUUUUUCUUUAUUUAAAACAUCAUUAUUGAAGCCAUAUUAUCUUGGGGUUCCCAUCCUCCACUUUUGUUUUGUAAAUGUGUGCUUUAUUCUGUGCCUCAUUUAACAGCAUCUUCUGCCACAUAAUGACAUUAUUUUUUCUUUUACAAAUCAAUCCCAAAUUGUCGAUUACUUUUAAAGGACAAGUAUUAUAUAUUUUUUGUAAAUAUUUGAGAGUAUUUUCAUGUUUGGAGUACAAAAAUAUCCAGCUACUGAUGGGCUGGAUGUGGAUGGUCAAUGACAGCACCACAAAGUGUUCACUUUGCAUGUGCCAAUGUAUGUCUGUUCUACUCGAUGUUACAAAAAAUGGAGAAAUAAAAUUUGAGAUGAUCUUGAGCUUCAAUAUCCCUUCGCAGUUCCUUUACCAGAAUCACAACCCUAAUUCAGAGAAAAAGUAGGAACACUGUGAAAAAUCGCACCAUACUUCAAAGAAAUAGAUUAUUUAAAAAAAAAACAUGAUUGAAUGAUUUUUAUAAGAUUUGAAGAUUGUGUUCUUCUCAAAGUUUUCUGAAUUGUGGUUGUAUAAAAUGACUGAAUACUGCUUCAAACCAUGUGUUCCAACUGAUUCCUUGUAUCUGCAGCAUGUUUGUUUUUAUAGUUUGGUACUGGGUAUAAUAAUAUGCCUCCUAAUUAUGGUGUUGGACGAGUUCAUAUCAGAGCAAUCAUGCAAG